AUGGAGGUGGGAACAUUAUUAAUGCAAGCAAACAAAACUUCCAUCAAUGAACAUAUGUUACUUGAAGAAGGAAUGUCAAGCACAACAAAUGAGGGAAUCAAUGUGGCAUACAUACCUCACCUUGCUGAAGAAGUAGCUGAUUUUAUAAUUGAAGACAAUUCAAAAAGAAAAAAGAAAUUGGAGGAAAUUGAAAUAGUAAUAUCUUAUUACAGAGUGAACAAAAUAGAGCAAGGACAGAUUUACAAGGACAAGAACACAAUCAAAUCAGCUCUUAGCUACCAUGCAAUGCUACAUAACUUCCAGUUCAAAACAAAAAGAUCAGAACCGAGAGAGUACCUGGUUACUUGCGCAGAUAACACAUGCAGCUGGUUUGUGAGAGCUUCUAAAUACAGAAAUCAAGAUUUAUUCAAGGUACGAAAAUGCAUUCCAAAUCAUACUUGCUCAGUUGAAAUUGUUAUGGAGGAUCAUAGGCAAGCAAAAAGCAUAAUAAUUGGGGAAUUAAUAAAGAAUAAGUACAAGUCAGUCAAAGUUGGCAUGAAUGACAUGAAUGAUGACUUUGGAGUAACCAUGGGAUACAUAAAAGCAUGGAGAUCAAGAGAAAAAGCUUUGUUUCUAGUAAGAGGGAACCCCAAUGAUUCAUAUCAAAAGUUGGCAAUGUAUCUUUACAUGUUGAAGCAAGCAAAUCCAGGAACAGUAACACAUCUACUUACAGACAAUGAAGAUAGAUUCAAAUGCCUAUACAUAGCUUUCUCUAACUCAAUCAAAGCUUGGAGAUACUUGUGGCCUAUCAUUGUUGUUGAUGGAACUUUCUUAAAAAAUGCACAUGGCAGCACCCUAUUUUCAGCAUCAACAUUAGAUCCAAACAACAACAUUUUUGUCUUGGCUUUUGGAAUAGCAGACUCAGAAAAUGAUAACUCUUGGCUUUGGUUCUUCUCCAAACUGAGAGACACAUACGGAGAACCCGAAGUACAUAUAGUGUACCCAAAUGCGUUCCAUGGAGCUUGCAUGUAUCACUUGCUCAAUAAUUUGAAAAGCAAGUAUGGAAACCAUGGAGAAGAGCUACAAAUGAAUUUCAUUGCAGCAGCAAAAGCAUACACAAAAACAGAAUGUGAACACUACAUGAGAAGCCUUGAUAGACUUGACAGACGCAUUAGACCCUAUUUAGAGAAAGCCAAAUAUGAAACUUGGGCAAGUUCAUACUCACCAACAAAAAGAUACACCAUGAUGACAUCCAACAUCGCAGAAUCGCUCAACGGUGCACUAAAAGCUGCAAGAAAUCUCCCUAUUGAUAUCUUGGUUGAAUGUCUUAGAAGUUUGGUUCAAAAGUGGGUUUGGAACAAUUCAAAUAAUGCAAAUGGAACAUUCACAAAAGUGUCUACAGCAACAGAAAAUGAAUUGAGACAUGACAUUGUUUCAAAAAUGAAGUUUCAAGAAGAUGAAAUGCCUUGUGGGCAUGCAGUAGCUGUAAUUGCAAAGAGAAACUUGCGAGUAUAUGAUUACUGUGCAAAGUUUUACAAAACAGAAACUUUGAAAGCAAUGUAUGAAGAAAAUGUUCAUCAUUUGCCCCAUAAAGAUGAAUGGAAUCUCCCACAACACUUAGACAUAGUGGUGCUACCUCCAAAGGCAACAAUCCCUGCAGGAAGACCAAGAAAGAAAAGAAUAAGAUCAAGAGGAGAACCAAAAGUGAUAAUCACCUGUGGUAAAUGUGGCCAACCAAGACAUAACAGGAAGACUUGCAGGAAACCACCAAUUGACAAGGCAAACAAGCAGAAAAAACAAAAGUCAUAUCUUGAUAUAUUACAGCAAAACAACCAUAUCAUAGCUUCAUUCAUUAAAUGA